AUGCUUUUUAGAAACGUAGAAGUGGGCAGACAAGCAGUUAAGCUAUUAACGAGAGCUCCGAGUCGUUUGGCUUGGCAAAGCGUUACGGCCUCGAGAAAUCUUUCCUUUGCUAGACAGCAAGUGAGAAAAGCUCCGCCUUUCAAUUUUAGGACAUCUGUGAGCACCCGUCCAUUUUGGUUCUCUUCCCCCGUUUUGAGGCCUCAUGUAGCUUCAGAGUCGAAUCCUAUUGAAUCACGUCUGAAAACUUCAAAGAAUGUCGCUUACUGGUUAAUCGGUACUUCUGGGCUAGUCUUUGGGAUUGUUGUUCUUGGUGGAUUGACCAGGCUAACAGAAUCCGGAUUGAGUAUUACCGAAUGGAAACCUGUCACAGGUACCCUUCCUCCUAUGAACCAAAAGGAAUGGGAGGAAGAGUUCAUCAAGUACAAGGAAUCACCAGAAUUUAAGUUAUUGAAUUCUCAUAUUGAUUUGGACGAAUUUAAGUUCAUCUUCUUCAUGGAAUGGGUUCAUAGAUUGUGGGGGCGUGCCAUUGGUGUAGUUUUCAUUUUACCUGCGGUAUACUUCGCCAUGUCUAAGAAAACUUCGGGCCAUGUUAAUAAGAGAUUAUUUGGAUUAGCGAGCCUGUUGGGUCUACAAGGAUUUGUUGGUUGGUGGAUGGUGAAAUCGGGUCUUGAUCAAGAGCAGUUAGAUGAAAGAAAAUCAAAGCCUACUGUCUCUCAGUACAGGCUGACCACGCAUUUAGGUACCGCAUUCUUCUUGUAUAUGGGUAUGCUUUGGACUGGUCUAGAGAUCUUGAGAGAAUGCAAAUGGAUUAAGAAUCCUGUUCAAGCCUUAAAUCUCUUCAAAAAAUUGGAUAGUCCUGCAAUUCGGCCGAUGAGAAAGGUAUCUUUGGCUUUAUUAGCGGUGUCCUUCUUAACUGCUAUGAGUGGGGGUAUGGUAGCCGGUUUAGAUGCUGGUUGGAUCUACAAUACAUGGCCAAAAAUGGGUGAACAUUGGUUUCCCAGUUCUCGUGAAUUAAUGGACGAAAACUUCUCUCGAAGAGAGGACAAGAAAGAUCUAUGGUGGAGAAAUUUGCUGGAAAAUCCAGUAACAGUUCAGUUGGUUCAUAGAACAUGUGCCUACGUUGCAUUUACAUCGGUUUUAGCCGCGCAUUUGUACGCUAUCAAAAAGAAGACUGUCAUUCCAAAGAGCGCAAUGACUUCUCUACGUAUCAUGAUGGGUGUCGUUACUCUACAAGCCACCCUUGGUGUUUUAACCAUAUUAUAUCUAGUCCCGGUCUCAUUAGCAUCUAUCCAUCAAGCUGGUGCUUUGGCGUUGCUUACAAGUUCUUUGGUCUUUGCCUCUCAAUUACGGAAGCCGAGGGCUUCAAUGAGGAAUAUGAUCAUUACUUUGCCACAUUCAAGUAAAGUCACUAGCGGCAAAAUUCUAAGCGAAGCCUCCAAACUAGCCUCAAAACCAUUGUAA